UCCGGCUGCGGAGGGCGCCGCCGGGGCGGGAAAGACAGGCGCGGUCCAGCUCCGAGCGCCGCUGUGAGCCGGUCCUCCGCGCCCAGCUUCUGCGGAUCAGGAGUUGGAGUGAAGCAUCUUUCCUUCCUCCUAGCCCUGCCUCCUGCUACACAACGGAGCUCAAUAGGACUUUGUUAUUUUGCCUUUUACACUGGGGGGAAAGAUGCAGAUGAUGAGGAGAAAAUAAUGAAUGUCAAAGGAAAAGUAAUGCUGUCAAUGCUGGUUGUCUCAACUGUAAUUGUUGUGUUUUGGGAAUAUAUCAACAGCCCAGAAGGCUCUUUCUUGUGGCUAUAUCACUCAAAAAACGCAGAAGUUGGUGACAGCAGUGCUCAGAGGGGCUGGUGGUUUCAGAGCUGGUUUAACAAUGGGACACACAGUUAUCAAGAAGAAGACAUAGACAAAGAAAAAGGAAAGGAAGACAAAAAAGAACUUCAGCUAUCAGACUGGUUUAAUCCAAAGAAACGCCCAGAAGUUGUGACAGUGACCGGAUGGAAGGCUCCAGUAGUAUGGGAAGGCACUUACAAUAAAGCCAUCUUAGAAAAUUACUAUGCCAAACAGAAAAUUACCGUGGGUUUGACAGUUUUUGCUGUUGGAAAAUAUAUUGAGCAUUACUUAGAGGAGUUCAUAACAUCUGCUGAUAAGUACUUCAUGGUUGGCCACAAAGUCAUUUUUUACAUCAUGGUGGAUGAUGUCUCCAGGAUGCCUUUGGUAGAGCUGGGUCCUCUUCGUUCAUUUAAAGUGUUUGCCAUCAAGCCCGAGAAGAGAUGGCAGGACAUCAGCAUGAUGCGCAUGAAGAGCAUCGGGGAACACAUCGUAGGCCACAUCCAGCAUGAAGUCGACUUCCUCUUCUGCAUGGACGUGGACCAAGUCUUCCAGGACAACUUUGGGGUGGAGACCCUGGGCCAGUCAGUGGCUCAGCUACAGGCCUGGUGGUACAAGGCAAAUCCUGAUGAGUUUACCUAUGAGAGGCGUAAGGCAUCAGCAGCAUACAUUCCAUUUGGCCAGGGGGAUUUUUAUUACCAUGCGGCCAUUUUUGGAGGAACACCCAUUCAGGUUCUAAACAUCACUCAGGAGUGCUUCAAGGGAAUCCUCCAGGACAAGAAAAAUAACAUAGAAGCAGAAUGGCAUGAUGAAAGCCACCUAAACAAGUAUUUCCUUCUCAACAAACCAACUAAAGUCUUAUCACCAGAAUACUGCUGGGAUUAUCAUAUAGGCUUGCCUUCAGAUAUUAAAACUGUCAAAAUUUCUUGGCAGACAAAAGAGUAUAAUGUGGUUCGGAAUAAUGUUUGACUUCUAAUUGUGCCAUUAGGUUCUAAAUUUGACGGAGUAUUUUUCUGGCUACUUUCUCAGAAACAUAACACUUAAUGUUAAAAAUACUAACAGAAUACCAACACAGCAAAGGUAUACUAUUUCUCCUUGUAACUUUGAACCUUGUAAUAUGGCAGAAUGAAUCUAUGGUAAUCAGGUGUAAAUUCUCAAUGAUUUCUUAUCCUGGGUUUGGGGGAAAUACUAUCAGCUGAAUCAAAAAGAAUUUGUUACAAGUAAAAAAAAUAGCCAGAAUCACUCUACAUGUGCCAGACAAAGUAUAGGAGGAAAAGGUGCUAAGGAAUGUGGUUGGAAACAAGAUCCAAUUGGGGACAGGGUGUGUCCCCUUUACUUCAAUGUCUUCCUUUCCUUGAUGAGUCUUAAGCAACACAGAAUUGCUUUGCAGUAGGAGAACUCUUAAUAAGGACUAAGAGGACAACCUGACUUGACAAUCCUCGAAAGGUUUCAAUAGCAGAUUAUGUUAGGCCUUUUGUAGUCUUAUGUCCUUCUCUCAUCAGGAUAUUGUUUGGCUUUGGUGCAAAAGAUUGGUAGAGAUUCUCAAUGGAUAUCAUGGUAAAUGUUAACAGUCACAUAGAAUCUGGAUGAUCCUGCGGGUGCUCAGCACGAAGUGAAAACAAAGUCUCAAAGUCAGUGAGCAUUCCAUUAAAUAGCAAAGAAUGCGUGGAAAGAGAGGGGGGCUGAUCACUGCAGGUAGUGCCACCUUAGAGGGGCACAGUGCAUAGGGUUGGCACUUAAACACAUUGUGGAUCCAGACGAUGAAUGGGAGGCAGUGAGGGUGAUCUCCAGCCUCCUUGACCCAACGACUACUCAAGUAGCAGGGACUUGAAUGGAAGUUGCUCCUUGUCUUGCCCAAGUCACAUUCAGUCUGCCAAACUCUGCAGCUUGUGUCUUCAAAUCCUUGACAAGAAGUAGAUAGUGUCAGAGAAGGCAAAGGCCUACAGUGGAUAACAGCAAGUUAUGGCUCCUGAACCUGGGCUUCAUCAGAGACCAGUCGGUCAUCAGCAAGGCCCGCCAGCUGCUCUAACCCUCACCUUGGGGGCUGACAUCAAGUAGCAGGCCUGGAGGAAAAGCCCUCCCAUCCACAGCAACAACAAAAAACCCACUGCCGACGAGUCAUUCCGACUCAUAGCAACAGAGUAGAACUGUCCUCCUGGGGUUUCCAAGGCUGUAAAUCCUUAUCGAAGCAGACUGCCAUAUCUUUCUCCCACAGAACUGCUGGUGGAUUCGAACCACUGACCUUUUGGUUUGCAGCUGAUUGCUUUAACCACUGCGCCACCAGGGCGCCUUCCCAUCAAAUAAUCGCUCUUUUUCCCCUACCCCAUUUGCACUAACAAAAUUUAACAACCAGGUGAGUUUAAAGUCAAAGUUAAUUGAUUUUAUAACAAAAAAGCAUGAGGGGAUGGCAAUAGAAGACCCAGCCCAUUCAUGCCUGAACGGCCUAACACUCACCUCCCCUCUCUACACUGUAAAUCUCAGAUAUUACUUAAAAUUAAGCAAUUGAAGGUAAAGGAAGUUAGGGCACAAUAUUUACAUAAGCACAUAUAUUUUUUUUUAAGUUUUGCUUGAGUUUAAUAUUUGUUUUAAUUUUAAAGGGUCAUUGCACUGGCUUGAGGUAUAGACAAUGGGCUUCUUUGAUAAAGUGAAAACCAUAUUUUCCUCUAUUGUUUCACUGCUACCUCCUACUCCUCAAUUCUUACCAAAAAUCUCACAACCCAACAAAACAAAACACACCAAAAUCCUGAAGGCAAAAGCUUUAAAGAAAGAAAAAGGAGACCACACCUCAGUUAGGAAUCUUGCUUCUCUAUAACUCAAGUUGCCUUGGGUCCAGCCUGGAGUAGGAAGAGUUAAUGGUUUAAAUCCUGCACCAAAGAAAUUAUCUAUCCUGUUGAGGGAAUUUUUUUUUUUUUUUUUUUUAAUUUGACAAAUGGACAAAUUCAAGAGCUCAUUAAUGGCUAAUCUUAAAUGUUUUUAAAAAUAAAUUUUCUUAUUUACAUUUGAAUAAAUUAUUUUCUCAGUAUAUUCUGGUGAUGGAUUGUGCAUUUUCUCCCAAAGAUGUUGGGAAUUGUCAGUUAUAGAGUUUUAGAUCCUCAGUGUGCCUUUGACCCUCUGAAAAUGUGUCCACUAUUAGAAAGAUAGAACAUGUUAGACAUUCUAAAACCUUGAAAACAAUGCUUAUAUAGCGCUUUACCAAGUGAAAUAUUGAAAUAUUAGCUGCUCAUGGAGGAACUAGUAGGAAAAGGCUUGAAGUGUGGGUGGAACACCAGGGCGGAGGAAGAAAACAAUUCCAUAACCAUUCGUUGUUAGUUGUCAUCGAGUUGGCUCCAACUCAUGGUGACCAUAUGUAUAACAUAACCAAAUGUUGCCUGAUCUUGCACCACCUCCACCAUCGUUGAUAUGCUUGAGUCCAUUGUUGAGGCUAUUAUGUAGUGCCUUCCAACAUAGGGGGCUCAUGCUCCAGCACUAUAUCGGACAGUUUUUGUUUGUGAUCCAUAAGGUUUUCAUUGGCUAAUUUUUGGAAGUACAUCUUCCUAGUCUGUUUUAAUCUGGAAGCUCCCCUUAAACCUGUCCACCAUGGGUAACCCUACUUGUUUUUGAAAUACCAGUGGCGUAGCUUCCAGCGUCACACCAACACACAAGCCACCACAGUACUGACAGAUGGGAAUCAAUGGUCCUUCAAGCCAAACUAGCUACCUAAGGAUAACCAUGUUUUUGUUCUUGUUUGUUAGGUGCUGUCAAGUCGAUUUUGACUUAUACUGACCCGAUGUGACACAGGUAGAACUGCCCCAUAGGAUUUUCUAGGCUGCAAUCUUUAUGGGAGCCAAUUGCUCAGUCUUUUUUCCACAGAGUCGCUGGGUGGGUUCAGACCAACAACCUUUAGGUUAGCAGCCAAGCACUUAACUAUGGUGCCACCAGGGCUCCUCAGGAUAAACCAUAUCUGGAGGUAAUUAGUCCUGACCUCUGAGAAUAUCUGCCCAACAGAACCCUGGAAAAUAAUGGAUUUCUGGCCAGUCUGGGCAGGUGGGGCCUCAGAGUAUUUGUAUUAUAAAAAUGAAACGGUGCCCAGGCUGAUGAGUGACACAUACUUGACGUACAACAGGGCAUGACUCCCUCACAGGAAAGAAUUAUUCCAAUUUUACAGAUGAGGAAAGUGAGAUUCAGAAAGGCUAAGCUGAGGCUCAAACCAGAGAAGCUGAUAAGGAUAAAUGUGUUGACAUGGUCCAUCCUGGGAAUCACGUUUCAUAUCAAGGUUAUUUUCCAGGAAAAUGCAAUUUACAGGAGAAUCUUAUAAAGAGGACUUUUUGUCAUAAGAACAUUUUUGAACCUCAGUGUGUUCCCAGGCUUCUCACACUUUUUAUCCAUUAAACCUGGCCCAAAUACAUUAAAUAAGCUAAAAUGCAUUAUAUAAAAAAUAUAAGACUGUGUUAUUAUUCUUAUCUUUAAAUUGUACAUGCAGGGCUGUUUUUAGCACCGUGGGUACACAACUGUAGCACCGAGGCAGUGGCCAUAACCACACAACCUUGAAUGGCUUGAGUUGGGCAGAGGGGAUGGGUGGAAGGACAACCAUAUCUCCUCCUUCUAUUCCAUGUCUAAUCUGGGAGCCACAUGCAACUAGAAGGGCAGAAGGUGUUUAAGGCAGUUUUUUAAGGCAGGAUAUAGGUCUAAACCCAUCAUACAGCCAAGCUAGAGAAGCAGGAAAAUGAAAUCUGAGCAGGUACAAGGUGCAGGUAAGUACAAAGAGUGGAAGAAGGAAGGUUGUCUGGGGAGGUGGAUAUAGCUGUAGAAGUGCUGACUCUGAACUGAGCUUUGAAAAGAGAGAAGGGGAUCAUUGAGAGAAGAGCUGAGAUGGAAUUAGGUUUUAGAGAGAGGCACAGAAAACUGUGGCAAGACUUAUGGAAACUCCCCAAAAUGGUGCUAAGGCUUUGGGACUGGUGAAAUCACCUGGCAGAUCCUGUGUGAAAAACAAAGCCCCAUGUCAGGUCUUUGGCUUGUAGACAACUCUCCCACCCCCACCCAUUCACCCAGCAUUUGUAGCUCUCUUUCUCCCAUCCCAGCAAUCCAUGGCCUCCUUUAGGGAAUCUGUGAUUUCCAUGGAAAUUGGUGUAAGUGGUCUAAGCCAACCAGCAUGUCCUAUCUCCCUGGUAACCAUGAUUGGUUCGGGGUGGACAUGUGACCUAAACUAGUCCAAUCAAAGUGAAUCACAGUUCUUUUACUAGCAGGAGGAAGCAUGGAACACUGGCACCUGCUAGCACACCUGGUGACCACAAGUGGUCAGCCUUAGGAUAAAACUGAUAAUAGAAAAGGAAGAAAAGGGACACUGAAAGAAACCCAGUCCUUGAUGGGAACCUUGAGCCACUGGAUCCGGCCUUACCUAAAGCCUGAACUGCCUGUAGGCUUUUCAAUUGUGUCAGCCAAUAAAGUCCUGUUAUUAAGCCAAUUUAAAUUGGGCUUCCUUUUAUAACUGAAGAUAUCCAUCCAGAAUUGUUGGUUCCUCAAAGGCAGGACCAUAGUCUGCCUUUGCAUCAGCUCCAGCACAUUAUUAGUUUACCUAUCUCAGGGUGCUGCUUAAUAAAUACUAUGUUCAGUGAAUGAAUCAUCAUAUUCAUGCCCAUCAUGCCUCAUGAGAAGUGCUUUUUCUAAUUUAAAUUAAAAAAAUUUUUGUAAGCUCUGUUUGCUAUUAAAGAGCAGAUGAUGUCAUAUCUGGCAUCUGGAACUUUUCCUCCUCUUGUACCCAAUACGGGAAAUAGAAGCUGCAGGCUCAGGCUCUAACCUGGUGACAUAAACAACAGUUUAGCACUGCUUUAAGGUCAGUCAGGAAUAACAUGUGAUAUAUUUACUUCAUCAGUGUAGGGCAGUGUUCUCAACUGGGGCAGAUUUGCCUCCCAAGGGACAUUUGGCAACCUGGAGACAUUUUUGGUUGUCAAAACUUGGGGGACAGUACUACUGGAAUUUGGUGGGUAGAGGCCAGGGAUGCUGCUAAACAUCCUACAAUACACAGGACAGUCCCCCACAACAAAGAAUAAUCUGGCUCAAACUGUCAGUAAUGUCCAAGUUGAGAAACCCAGGUGUGAAGCUUCCUUGGACUUCAUUAAAAAAGAAAUAUCGAGGAGCCAGUAUGCAUAAUACUGUCCCAUCUAUAACCUAGAAACAAUUCCCCGAUAGUAGUCAAGAGCCUCUUCUAACUCACCUGGUAACCCGCUGCCACUGAGUUGGAAUCUACUCAUGGUGACCCCAUGUGUGUUAGAGUAGAACUGUGCUCCAUAGAAUUUCCAAAGGCUGAGUUUUCUUAAGUAGGUCACUAGACCUUUCUUCCAAAGUACCUCUGGGUUGACUCAAACCUCCAAUCUUUCAGCUAGUGGCUGAGAACAUUAACUAUUUUCACCAUCCAACUCACGUGAUAGUCCUCCAUUAACAUUCAUAGCUAAGACAAAAGUAGCUUUCUAUACUGGACACCAGAGGGCAGGGAUUUCCAGUGAUAAUCCUGUUAUCCCAAGCAACUUCAGUGACAAAAACAUUCUUUUCUGGAGUUGGUGAAGACUGCACAUUUGCAGAAAUAGGUAUGAAUUAUAUAUAUAUAUAUAUAUGGCUAUAAAUACCUAAAGGAUGUGGCUGUGAAUUAUCAGCCAAAGUUAGAACGCACUUUUAGUGGACUGGCUGUAACUGUUCAGAAUAAGAGGUGGUUAUGCUAGAUAGUUGUUCUAGUUAAAUAUGCUUUGGCUGUAAUAAUGGAAACUCCUUUGAGCUGCCUAAACCCCAAAGGGAGUUUAUUGGAAGGGUAUUAGACAGUUCUACUUAAUCAAGGGAGAGUUGACGACCAGGCAAUGGUGUGCUGAAGCCAGCGCAUACUGACUUGACAGGGCCGAUUAUUCACAACUCUUCCCAGUCCCCUACUCCAUGACAUCACUUUGGUAGCUUUAAAUCAUCUAUGAUAAGAGUAUUUACACCAUGGAAAUUGGCAAACACUAGAAACCAGGGCUUUUCCUUUUCUUCCCUUCUUUUUUUUGAGAGUCAUUUGUUAAACAUUUACCAGCACAUCACUGCAGCCAGGCCACAAGCAAGAGCGAAAGAAGCUCAGGGGCCUUGGCAGCUCAAAAUUGUGAACUCCUCCCAGCUCCAACCAUCUCCAGCUUGGGUUUCUUCCUUCAAAACUCUAAACUCCUGGAAAAGAAAACUGAAAUAGACAUCAUCCACUCCUGCUCCCAGCAGCUGUGCCCUGAAGUAGGCUUACUGGCAGGUGGAUCACACUACAGGGCAGUUCUCAGAGACCAUAUUGUUGUGAGCUCAGUGGAUGCCUCUAAAAAUCUGUCUCUUUCUCUCUUCCUGGAUGUUUGCCCUUGGAGCCCAAACACCAUGCGGUGAGGAAGUCCUAAUUAGACCUCUAGAGGAUCUGAAUCGCCAACUGACACCCACCAUCAACUGCUAGACAUAUGAACGAUAAUUCAGAUGAUUCUAGCUUCCAGCCUUUAAGUCUUCCAGUUGAGACUCCAGCUAUCAUGGAGGUGAAAACAGCAGUCCCCCCUGUGCCUUGGCCAAGUACCUAACUCACAGAAUCCAUUAGCAUAAUAUAUGGUUGUUUUGUGCCAUUAACUUUUGGGGUAUUAUGUUAUGCAGCCAUAGUAACUGGAGCAGUAUUUGAUAUCAGAAGAGGGGUGCUAACAUAACAAACACAUAAAACAUGGUGGAAAUGGUUUUGGGACCAGGUGUCAGAUAGCAGGUCAAAGGGCCUUUAAGAGACUGUUAACAGAAGCCUGAUGAUUCUUCAAGAGGUUGUUGACGAGAGGUUAAAGGAAAGUGAGAAAAUUUCAUUGGAAGCUGGAGAAAAAGAAGCCCUUGUUAUUUUGUGGCAGAAUGUUGCCUGAAGUAAUGUGGAAAAUAGAUAUACAACUAAUGAACUGGAUGAUUUAGCUAAGGAGACUUUCAAACAUAGUGUUGAAGGUCCUAUAUGGCUUCUUCUUACUAUUUAUAGUAAAAUGUGAAAGGAGAUAGAUAAAGGAAAAACUGUUAAAUAUAAAAUAGCCAGGAUUGAAGGUGAAAUUCUUUCUCAUUUUCAGCCUCUCAAAGAAUCUCAGAUUAAGAAAGGAUUUCAGAGCAAAAAUGAAACCUUAAUGGGACUAUAAUCUCUCUUGUAAGACCUCAGAAAUAUCUAAGAUUAUGCCACAGAAAGCUAUUUGAUCAGACCUGCUUUACAAGAACUGCUAAAGGAAGUUCUAUAGGAUAAAGUGAUAUAAUUAAAGAUGGAAAUUUAGAUUUACAGAAAAGAUGGAAAAGCACUGCAAAUAGUUAUUGUAUGGGUAAAUAUUAAAGUUUAUUUUUCUUUCUUUUCUUAAAAAUUUAAAACAUUAAUGGAUAUUAAAGCAAAAAUUAAAAAUAUGUUGUGGGUGUUACAAAAUAUGUAGAAGAAAAUAUAUUAAUUCAAGUUGGUACGUGAUGAGGAUGCAUAUUGUAAUGCCAAGAGCAAUUAGCAAAAAACAAAACAAACAAAAAAGAGGUAUAGCUAAAAAAAAAAAAAAAAAAAAGGAGAUACAAUGGACUACUAAAAAGUAAUCCAAAAUAAGAUAGCAAAGGAAAACAAAGAAACAAAAAUGAAUAGAAAACAAAACUCAACAAAAUCAGUAAUUACAUUAAAUGUAAAUUGACUAAAAACUCCAAUUAAAAGGUGGAGAUUGACAGGCUAUAUAAAAAAGCAAGACCCAACUAUAGGCUGUUUAUAAGAUAUGCACUUUAAAUAUAUAUAAAGACACAGGUAAGUUCCAAUGUGUUGUGAUUCAUCCAUGUUGUGUGUACCUCACACCAUACAAAAAUUUAAUUUGAAAUGAACCAUAGCGCUAAACAUAAAAGCUAAAGCUAAAGAGCUUUUAGAGGAAAACAGGAGAAUAUCUAUGUGACUUGGGGGUAAAUAAAUGUCUCUUAAACAGGGGACAGAAAGCUUCACAGAUAUUGCAUUUUUUUUUUUUUUUUUGACAAAUUCAAGGUUUGAGGCAACCCUGUGUUGAACAAGUCUAUCAGUGCCAUUUUUCUAACAGCAUGUACUCACUUUGUGUCUUUGUGUCACAUUUUGGUAAUUUUUGUAAUAUUUCAGACUUUUUCAUUAUUGUUAUACGUAUUAUGAUGAUCUGUGAUCAGUGAUCUUUGAUGUUACUACUGUGAUUGUUUUGGGGCACCACAAACUGCACCCAUAUAAGAUGGCAAGCUUAACCAAUAAAUGUUGUGUGUGUUCUGACUGCUCCAGCAAUCGGCCGUUCCCCCAGUAUCUCUCCCUCUCUUUGGGCCUCCCUAUUCCCUGAGACGUGAAAAUAUUGAAAUCAGACCAAUUAAUAACCCUACAAUGGCCUCUAAGUGUUCAAGUGAAACGAAGAGUCACAAGUUUCUCACUUUAAAUCAAAAGCUAGAAAUGAUUAAGCUUAGUGAGGAAGGCGUAUCAAAAGCUGAGAUAGGCUGAAAGCUAGGCCUCUUGUACCAGUUAGCCAAGUUAUGAAUGUAAAGGAAAAGUUCUUGAAGGAAAUUAAAAGUGCUGUUCCAGUGAGCACCCAAAUGAUAAGAAAGUGAAAUAGCCUAUUGCUGAUAUGGACCUCCUGUUCAGAAAAAAGAUUCCUUUCAAAAUAUUACUGCUCAUUGACAGAGCACCUGGUCACUUAAGGGCUCUGAUGGAGAUGUACAAGGAGAUUAAUGCUGUUUUUAUGCCUGCUAACACAACAUCCAUUCUACAGCCCAUGGAUCAAGAAGUAAUUUCGCCUUUCAAGUCUCAUUAUUUAAGAAAUGCAUUUUGUAAGGCUAGAGCUGCCAUAGACAGUGAUUUCUCUGAUGGAUCUGGGCAAAGUAAAUAGAAAACCUUCUGAAAAGAGUUCACCAUUCUAGAUGCUAUUAAGAACAUUCGUGAUUUAUGUCAAAAUAUCAACAUUAAAAGGAGUUUUCAAGAAGUUGAUUCCAACCCUCACAGAUGACUUUGAGGAGUUCAAGACUUCAGUGGAGGAAGUAACUGCAGAUGUGGUGGAACUAGGAAGAGAACUAGAAUUAAAAGUGGAGCCUGAAGAUGUAACUGAAUUGCUGCGAUCUCAUGAUAAAAUUUUAAUGGACGAGGAGUUGCUUUUUAUGGAUAAGCAAAGAAAGCGGUUUCUUGAGGUGGAAUUUACUCUUGGUGAAGACACUGUGAAUAUUGUUGAAAUAACAACAAAUGAUUUAGACUAUUAUAUAAACUUACUUGAUAAAGCAGCAGCAGGUUUGAAAAGACUGACUCCUGUAAUGGAUUGAAUUGUGUCCCCCAAAUAUGUGUCAACUUGGUUAGUCUAUGUGUGGUUGUCCUCCUUUUUGUGAUUUUCCUAUUUGUUAUAAAUCAUAAUCUCUGCCUGUAGUUAAAAGGAUUAGGGUGGGAUGUAACACUCUUGCUCAGGUCACCGCCCUGAUCCAGUGUAAAGGAAGUCUCCCUGGGGUGUGGCCUGCACCACCUUUUCUCUCUCAAGAGAUAAAAAAGAACGGGGAAGCGAGCAGAGGGGGGACCUCAUACCACCAAGAAAGCAGUGCCAAGAGCAGAGCGUGUCCUUUGGGCCUGAGGUUCCUGCACUGAGAUGCUCCCAGACCAAGGGAAGACUGAUGACAAGGACCUUCCUCCAGAGCCGACAGAGAGAGAAAGGCUUCCCCUGGAGUCGGUGCCCUGAAUUCGGACUUCUAGCCUACUCAACUAUGAGAGGAUAAAUUUUUAUUUGUUAAAGCCAUCCACUUGUGGGAUUUCCAUUAUAGCAGCACUAGAUGACUAAGACAACUCCAAUUUUGAAAGAAGUUCUUCUGUGUGUAAAAUGCUAUCAAACAGCAUCACAUGCUACGGAGAAAUCUUUCAUGAAAAGAGUCAGUUGAUGCAGCAAACUUCAUUGUUGUCUUAUUUUAAGAAAUUUGCCACAGCCGCUCCAACCUUCAGCAACCACCAUCCUGAUCAGUCAGCAGCCAUCAGUAUAGAGGCACACCCUCCCAAAACAGAAAAAUUACGACUCACUGAAGGCUCAGAUGAUGGUAAACAUUUUUUAGCACUGAAGUAUUUUUUAAUUAAGGUAUGUAUAUUGUUUUUUUUGGAAACGCUGGUGGCAUAGUGAUUAAGUGCUAUGGCUACUAACCAAAAGAUCGGCAGUUUGAAUCCACCAGGCACUCCUUGGAAACUCUAUGGGGCAGUUCUACUCUGUCCUAUAGGAUCACUAUGAGUCAGAAUCGACUCUACGGCAACGGGUUUGCUUUUUUGGUUUUAUAUUGUUUUUUAGACAUAAUACUAUUGCACAACUAAUAAACUACAGUAUAGUGUAAGCAUAACUGUUAUAUGCACUGUUGCUGUUGUUGUUAGGUGCUGUUGAGUCGGUUCUGACUCAUAGCAAUCCUAUGCACAACAGAACGAAGCACUGCCCAGUCCUGCACCACCCUUACAAUCGUUGUUAUGCUUGAGCUCAUUGUUGCAUCCACUGUGUCAAUCCACCUCAUUGAGGGUCUUCCUCUUUUCCGCUGACCCUGCACUCUGCCAAGCAUGAUGUCCUUCUCCAGUGACUGAUCCCUCCUGAAAACUUGUCCAAAGUAUGUAACACACAGUCUCACCAUCCUUGCCUCUAAGGAGCAUUCUGGCCACACUUCUUCCAAGACAGAUUUGUUCAUUCUUUUGAAAGUCCAUGGUAUAUUCAAUAUUCUUCCCCAACACCACAAUUUAAAGGCGUCAAUUCUUCUUUAGUCUUCCUUACUCAUUGUCCAGCUUUCACAUGCAUAUGAUCUGAUUGAAAAUACCGUGGCUUGGGUCAGGCGCACCUUACUCUUCAGGGUGACAUCUUUGCUCUUCAAUGCUUUGAAGAGGUCCUUUGCAGCAGAUUUACCCAAUGCAAUGCGUCUUUUGAUUUCUUGACUGCUGCUUCCAUGGCUGUUGAUUGUGGAUCCAAGUAAAAUGAAAUCCUUGACAACUUCAGUCUUUUCUCCAUUUAUCAUGAUGUUGCUUACUGGCCCAGUUGUGAGGAUUUUUGUUUUCUUUAUGUUGAGGUGCAGUCCAUACUGAAGGCUGUGGACUUUGAUCUUCACUGGUAAGUGCUUCAAGUCCUCUUCACUUCCUGCAAGCAAUGUUGUGUUAUCUGUAUAACACAGGUUGUUAAUGAGUCUUCCUCCAAUCCUGAUGCUCUGUUCUUCUUCUGAAAAGCAUUAGCCAGUGAAAACCUUAUGAAUAGCAGUGGAGCAUUGUCUGAUAUGGUGCUGGAAGAUGAGCCCCCCAGGUUGGAAGGCACUCAAAAGAUGACUGGGAAAGAGCUGCCUCCUCAAAGUAGAGUCGACCUUAAUGAUGUGGAUGGAGUAAAGCUUUCGGGACCUUCAUGUGCUGAUGCGGCACAACUCAAAAUGAGAAGAAACAGCUGCAAACAUCCCUUAAAAAUCAGAACCCGGAAUGUACGAAGUAUGAAUCUAGGAAAAUUGGAAAUUGUCAAAAAUGAAAUGGAACACAUAAACAUCGAUAUCCUAGGCAUUAGAGAGCUGAAAUGGACUGGUAUUGGUCAUUUUGAAUCAGACAAUCAUAUAGUCUACUAUGCUGGCCUUGACAACUCAAAGAGGAAUGGUGUUGCAUUCAUCAUCAAAAAGAACGUUUCAAGAUCUGUCCUGAAGUACAAUGCUGUCAGUGAUAGGAUGAUACCCAUAUGGCUAUAAGGAAGACCAGUUAAUACGAAUAUUAUUCAAAUUUACGCACCAACCACUAGGGCCAAAGAUGAAGAAAUAGAAGAUUUUUAUCACCUGCUACAAUCUGAAAUUGAUUGAACAUGCAAUCAACAUGCAUUGAUAAUUACUGGCGAUUGGAAUGCAAAAGUUGGAAAUAAAGAAGAAGGAUCAGUAGUUGGAAAAUAUGGCCUUGGUGAUAGAAACAAUGCUGGAGAUUGAAUGAUAGAAUUUUGCAAGACCAAUGACUUCUUCAUUACAAAUAUCUUCUUUCACCAACAUAAACGGCGACUAUACACGUGGACCUCGCCUGAUGGAACACACAGAAAUCAAAUUGACUACAUCUGUGGAAAGAGACGAUGGAAAAGCUCAAUAUCAUCAGUCAGAACAAGGAAAAGGGCCGACUGUGGAACAGACCAUCAACUGCUCAUAUGCAAGAUCAAGCUGAAACUGAAGAAAAUCAGAGCAAGUCCAUGAGGCCCAAAAUAUGACCUUGAAUAUAUCCCACCUGAAUGUAGAGACCAUCUCGAGAAUAGAUUUGACGCAUUGAACACUAGUGACCGAAGACCAGACGAGUUGUGGAAUGACAUCAAGGACAUCAUCCAUGGAGAAAGCAAGAGGUCACUGAAAAGACAGGAAAGAAAGAAAAGACCAAGGUGGAUGUCAGAAGAGACUCUGAAACUUGCUCUUGAGCAUCGAGCAGCUAAAGCAAAAGGAAGAAUUGAUGAAGUAAAAGAACUGAACAGAAGAUUUCAAAGGGCCUCUCGAGAAGACAAAGUAAAGUAUUAUAACGACAUGUGCAAAGAGCUGGAAAUGGAAGCUCAAAAGGGAAGAACACGUUUGGCGUUUCUCAAGCUGAAAGAACUGAAGAAAAAAUUCACGCCUCAAGUUGCAAUAGUGAAGGAUUCUAUGGAGAAAAUAUUAAACGACGCAGGAAGCAUCAAAAGAAGAUGGAAGGAAUACAGAGUCAGUAUACCAAAAAGAAUUAGUUGAUAUUCAACCAUUUCAAGAGGUGGCAUAUGAUCAGGAACCGAUGGUACUGAAAGAAGAAGUCCAAGCUGCUCUGAAGGCAUUGGCGAAAAACAAGGCUCCAGGAAUCGAUGGAAUAUCAAUUGAGAUGUUUCAACAAACAGAUGCAGCGCUGGAGGUGCUCACUCAUCUAUGCCAAGAAAUAUGGAAGACAGCUUCCUGGCCAACUGACUGGAAGCGAUCCAUAUUUAUGCCUAUUCCCAAGAAAGGUGAUCCAACCGAAUGUGGAAAUUAUAGAACAAUAUCAUUAAUACACGCAAGCAAAAUUCUGCUGAAGAUCAUUCAAAAAUGGCUGCAGCAGUAUAUUGACAGGGAACUAACUGCCAGAAAUUCAGGCCAGGUUCAGAAGAGGACAUGGAACCAGGGAUAUCAUUGCUGAUGUCAGAUGGAUCCUGGCUGAAAGCAGAGAAUACCAGAAGGAUGUUUACCUGUGUUUUAUUGACUAUGCAAAGGCAUUUGACUGUGUGGCUCAUAACAAACUAUGGAUAACACUGCGAAGAAUGAAAAUUCCAGAACACUUAAUUGUGCUCAUAAGGAACCUUUACAUAGAUCAAGAGGCAGUUAAUCGGACAGAACGAGGGGACACUGAUUGGUUUAAAGUCAGGAAAGGUGUGCAUCAGGGCUGUAUUCUUCCACCAUACUUUAUAUGCACUAGCCAAAAACCCACUGCCGUCAAGUCGAUUCCGACUCAUAGCGACCCUAUAGGACAGAGUAGAACUGCCCCAUAGAGUUUCCAAGGAGCACCUGGUGGAUUUGAACUGCCAACCUCUUGGUUAGCAGCCGUAGCACUUAACCACUACGCCAGCAGAGUCUCCUUAUAUGCACUAAAAAAAAAAAAAAAAACAAACC